AUGGCGAUCGCAAAUGAUGUUGACAACAGCGGGAAAGCCCCCACUGACAUUCGCGGCGUCCGUCAUACCGUUCAUGAGGAUUUGCACAAAGACCGUGAGCAUACUGAAAGUCGUCCGGACGACGAUAACUCCGUGGACACCAGAUUCCAAGCUGGCGUUCAAGAUAUUGAGGCUGUGACCCUUUCGUGGUCUACAGCUUCACUAGUGGUUGCCUACAUUCUGAUCUGGCUGGUUUAUUUUGUUCAAGGCCUUGUUGCGGGCGUCACUGGCGCCCUUCUUCCCUACGUUACCUCCUCCUUCGCUCUCCACUCACUCACGCCAACCACCGGCGUCCUGAGCUCAGUUAUUGGGGGCGUCACAAAUUUGAGCAUCGCCAAAAUUCUCGAUGUCUUUGGUCGCCCGCAGGGGUUCCUUUUCUGCGCUGUCCUUGCCACGCUCGGACUCAUCACGGCGGCAGCAUGCAACAAUGUUGAGGCUUAUGCUGCGUCACAAGUCUUCUACACAGUGGGCAUCAAUGGAGUCGGCUACAGCCUGAGUGUUUUCGUUGCCGAUAUCACCUCGCUACGUAAUCGAGGUCUGGUGCAGUCUCUGUGCGCCUCAUCUAACGUGAUAACUCCCUGGUUAGCGGGACCAAUCUCCACGGCAUUUUUGAAAGGGGCAGGCUGGCGCUGGGCAUUCGGAAUGGAGAGCAUCCUUGUCCCAGGCGUCACCCUUCCGUUGUUUGGCCUCUUCGUGUAUCAUUUUCUCAAGGCGAAGAAACAGCAUCUUGUCCCGAAGCGAUCAAGUGGACGUACAGUAUGGGAGUCGUUGGGCUAUCACGCACGGGAGUUCGACAUUGUUGGGCUCUUCCUGCUGUCAGCUGGCGUCGCUUUCUUUCUGCUGCCUUUCAACCUGUACGCUCAACAAGCUAAAGGAUGGGGAUCAGCUAUUAUAAUCUGCUUCCUUGUGUUCGGCAUCCUGCUUCUAAUUGGAUUUGGCGUUUGGGAAAGAUUCUUGGCCCAAAAAUCUUUCAUUCCAUGGAAGUUAAUGCAGGAUCGUACCGUCAUCGGCGCCUGCCUUCUUUCUUUUGCACUGUUCUUCAGCUACAUGUGCUGGGGAUUGUAUUUCAGCUCGAUUCUCCAAGUGGUGAACAACUUGAGCGUCACACAAGCCAGCUACGUUGUCGCAUGCUACACCGUCGCCGGCUUCUUCUUCUCCAUUCUUGUGGGUGCACUGAUGUCCUACACUGGACGCUUUAAGCCAGUCACUAUCUUCUUUGCGAUUCCUCUAUCAAUUCUUGGCAUGGGCCUGAUGAUUCACUUCCGCGAGCCAACCACGAACGUUGGCUACAUCGUCAUGUGUCAGAUUUUCAUCGCUUUUGGCAGCGGCGCCAUCAUGCUCACAGAUGAGAUUGCCAUUUUAGCCGUUGUCAAGGAGCAACAGUACUUUGCUAUUGCUAUCGCCCUGGUGUCGAUGUGCGCCAGCAUUGGCCAAGCCGUUGGCCUGACAGUUUCAGCUGCCAUUUGGCAGGAUAUCUUCCCCAAGCGGCUAGCUCAAUAUAUCCCCGAAGAGGAACUUCCAAAUCUUGCCAUGAUUUACAUGGACAUCGCGACUCAGCUGUCGUACCCAGUUGACUCGCCCACUCGAUUGGCAAUUCAGCGGGCGUAUGGCGAUUCACAGAAGUACCUGUUCAUUGCGGGCACUAGUGCGUGGGCCAUUGCAAUCGCGGGAUCUUUAAUGUGGCACGACAUUAACAUCAUUGGCAUCAAGCAGACAAAGGGUCGUGUCUUUUGA